GCCGGUCUGGUUUGGAGAGGGGUGGGGUUUGAGCUGAAUGACGGGCUUGACUGAUCUGGCUUGUCUUCAAUCUGUGGUUUUUAAGGCGAGCGUGGAUAUUCCGAUUUGUGACAAUGGCGGAGCAGUGCAUUGAAAUUGACGGUGGGAUAAUGGAGGGGGGAGGACAGAUUUUGCGUGUGUGCACAGCAUUAAGUUGUCUACAGGGAGUCAAGAUAAAAAUCCACAAUAUACGAGCAGGGAGAAGCACACCUGGACUACGGCCACAGCAUCUCUCAGGGCUCGAGAUGGUUCGUGAUUUAUGUGAUGGUUGUCUUGAAGAAGCAAAAGUUGGUUCCACAGAAAUCUCCUUCUCUCCAGGUAAAAUUGAGGGAGGAAGCCAUGUUGCAGAUACAAAAACAGCUGGGAGCAUCUGUCUAUUAAUGCAGGUUGCUACUCCUUGUGUACUCUUUGCUGUUUCACCAUCAGAACUGAUCUUACGAGGAGGGACAAAUGCUGAGAUGGCCCCACAAAUUGACUAUACCUUACAAGUAUUUAAACCAAUAAGUGAAAAAUUUGGAUUUCAGUUCAACUGUGACUUAAAAAUGAGAGGUUACUAUCCAAAAGGCGGAGGUGAGGUGAGAUUAAGGAUCUCUCCAGUAAAACAGCUUACUCCGAUAAAUAUGACCGAGAGAGGAACAGUCACAAAGAUUCAUGGACGAGCUUUUGUUGCUGGAGUUCUGCCAUUAAAGCUUGCAAAUGAGAUGGCAUCUGCAGCUGUUCGGUGCAUCAGAAAAGAAAUGCGUGACAUUUACGUGAACAUACAGUCUGUGCAGGAGCCCAAGGACAAGGCUUAUGGGACCGGAAAUGGAAUUAUUAUUUUUGCUGAAACAUCUACAGGAUGUAUCAUCGCAGGAUCUGCUCUUGGUAAAAGAGGAGUUGCUGCAGAUAAAGUUGGAAUUGAAGCUGCAGAGAUGCUGCUGAAGAAUCUUCGACAUGGUGGUUGUGUGGACCAGUACUUGCAGGAUCAGAUCAUUAUAUUCAUGGCCCUAGCAAAUGGUGUCUCCAGAGUAAGAAGUGGGCCCUUGACACUUCACAGCCAGACAGCUAUACACUUUGCAGAAAUGCUAACUAAGGCUAAGUUUACGGUGAACAAAAUAGAUGAUCAAGAGUCUGGAAUAGAAACUAAUAUCAUAGAGUGUGCAGGAAUUGGAAUGACGAAUCCCCACUUAUGAAGCUGGAAACUUCAAAGAUGUUAAUGGAAACAAAAAUGUGCAUAAUCUUGGCUUUAGUUGAGAAUGUUUAACAUUAGAAAUAGAUUCCUAUGUGUAAAAUAAAUACAGAUUAAAAAAAAUGUAUUAUGUC